GCUUUCCUCUUUCAAAUGGCGCCCCCUGUAAUGGGUUUUCAUCUACCAACGUAGAAAUAUAACUCUCUCACAAAAUCCCUCACAAAGUUAGGUUUUUUUUUUGGAUUGUUCUGCACCAAUUCUUCUUCUUCCUCUUAAUACAAUUCCUCUUUUUUUUGGGAGGAUUGGGAUUUGGUUUCUGUGUGCUUUGAAUUUGACAAAGGAAGCGACUUUGGGAAGAUGAGCUGGCGUAGGGUUUUGAAGUCUGCACAGGCACUCGCUGCCCACACCUUUCUCUUGUGCUUCACUCUCUUCCUCCUUUUCAAGCUCGAUCACCGUCUCUCGUGCUCUUGGUGGAUAAUAUUUUCGCCUCUUUGGAUGUUCCAUGCCGUUGUGGCUCGAGGAAGGUUUUCAUUACCAGCGCCAUCAGCUCCCCGUAAUCGACAUUGGGCACCGUGCCAUGCCAUCGUUGCAACGCCAUUGCUUAUUGCAUUUGAAUUGCUCCUUUGUAUAUAUCUUGAGAGCUUAUAUGUUCAAGGCAUUGCCGCAGUCAAUCUGAAGAUUGUGUUCCUUCCCUUACUAACAUUUGAAAUCAUUAUUCUCGUUGACAAUUUCAGAAUGUGUAGGGCUCUAAUGCCAGGGGAUGAAGAAAACAUGAGUGAUACGGCAAUAUGGGAAACUCUUCCUCACUUUUGGGUUGCAAUCUCUAUGGUGUUCUUCAUUGCUGCUACAGUUUUCACUCUCCUAAAACUGAGUGGUGAUGUAGGUGCUCUGGGCUGGUGGGACUUAUUUAUUAACUUUGCUAUCGCCGAGUGCUUUGCUUUUCUUGUAUGUACAAAGUGGUCUAAUCCGGUCAUUCAUAGAAAUUCAAGAGAAGGCAGUUCAGCUUCUACUACUAUUAGAUAUCUUGAAUGGAACAGUGGUUUAAUGGUUUCUUCUGAGGAAAAUCAACACCAGGAGAGAAUGUGUAGCCUGCAAGAUGUAGGAGGUCAUUUCAUGAAAGUACCAGUUAUUGUAUUCCAGAUUCUUCUUUGUAUGCAUUUAGAGGGAACACCUGCUUGUGCUGUAUAUAUAUCUCUUCCCGUUAUUUUCUCUCCCCUUUUCCUACUGCAAGGUGCUGGUGUACUGCUAUCUGCAUCUAAAUUGGUGGAGAAACUUGUGCUUAUUGUACGAAGUGGAGCUGGUGGAGGAAUAUAUUUUAGACUUUCUUCAACAGCUCAUGAUUGCUUGGGAUUCUUGCGCCAUGGUUCUAGAUUAUUAGGUUGGUGGUCAAUUGAUGAAGGGAGUCGGGAAGAACAGGCACAAUUGUACCAUGAGGGAGCAUCUGGGUAUAAUACAUUCUGUGGUUAUCCUCCUGAGAUUGUUAAGAAAAUGCCUAAAAAGGAUCUUGCUGAGGAGGUUUGGAGACUUCAGGCAGCUCUUGGUGAGCAGACGGAAAUUACAAAAUACAGCCAACAGGAGUAUGAAAGACUUAAAAAUGAGAAAGUGUUAUGCAGAAUUUGUUUUGAGGGAGAGAUUGGCGUUGUAUUGCUCCCAUGCAGGCAUCGUGUGCUUUGCAGUAUUUGCUCGGAGAAGUGUAAGAAGUGUCCAAUUUGCCGCGUCUCUAUAGCAGAGCGCUUGCCUGUAUACGAUGUUUAGGUGUUAACUUAGCCAACUUUCUUGUGUAAGACCAUACAAGGUGACAAAAUGUUUUUUUUUUUGGUAUAGUUUUGGCAGUGACAUUGUUCAUUGUCUAAUACACAUCAAAGGGUAGGAAGAAUAGAGUAUAUAGUUGAUACUUUGGAUUUUGAAUUUGAUUUUGUUUUGCUUUUACUCACUUCUGCAAUUUGUAUAUAUAUAUAUAUACACACACUAGAUUUUUA